UUCCUCAAAACAGUGUCCAUACGCUAUUGCAAAUGCGAGAGUGACCAGGUUCAUUGAACCUCCAACUCAUCACUUUUUCGGUUUUUCCAGAGUCACUAUUUAACGUACGUUCAUGGGCAUCCUUACAACAUACCAACAAUGUAGAAGGGGCAACGGCUCGAAUAAGAUGCUGAACAUCUGAGUUGCCCAUCUACGCGUAAUAUUCGUUCCUGACAUGUGAGUUAAAUAUAUUCACAUUUAUGGAUUUUGCUUAUUUGUGAUAUUUUCCAGUACUUGAGAAUAGAGGGUGAGGAUUUUGAGUGGGUAAAGCAUAGCGGGGAUGUUUGGAAAUGAUAUUCUUAAUAAUUUCAGUAGAACUGAGGAUGUGGCUUUAAUAGAAUAUUCAUGGCUAAGCUGUUGCCUCAUCAGCAUGUUUAGCCUGGAAACUGGGAGGGUGAAGCCGGAGACUUUCAGGUUUUCUUAUUACACAUUCCCAAAUGCGCUCGAGUUCUUUCUGGUAAAAAACUGUUUGUUCUCGUUUUGGAAAGAUUGCCUCUCUUCUUGGACAGCUUGCCAAAGAAAAGUUCUCUCUCCAGGUACCAGAGCCGACAUUCUGGUUGGUCAAAUAGACCAUUCAUUUGAAGGAAUGGAUGGUGGCAUUGGCAGCCAAUGCCAUGAUAUAUGGAAUUCCCUUCAGGCCAUGAAUGUGGGUGUUAAUAGUUUGCAUUUUCAGUUAUUUGUCUUCACUGAUCGCAAGCCAUGCAUGAUCUACUGGUGCUUGCAAGCGGGAGUUGCUGCUGGGACCUUCCCGGGCCAUUCCUCUAGCAUUCAUUGAUGCCACUCCUUAAGUUGCAGAAAACUGUGAUCAAUGAGCGCAAAGCAUAUAUAGGGAGCAGUGAGUUGGUACUGAUGAGUUUUUCAUGCUAUCACUACUCUUGGCAGUAUGCUCAUUAAUAAUGAUACUGUGUUCUUGCAUAUAAGGUGAGAAGAGAGGAGAAGAGAAGAGUUCCUCUUCAACAUUUAUUUGGUGACAUUGAAGGCAAACUGAGACCAUAAGGGUCAAUAUCAGAGUAUCCUUGAUAGAACUUUAUGUUCGUUACAACAAGAGUUCUCCCUUGAACUUCAAAAUUUCUUAUUUUGUGACUUAUGUGCCUACCUUUGCCUUCGCCUUUUUUUUU